AUUACCAUAAUAAUUCACCAACUAAGAUAAUGAAUGAAAGCAGCCAUUGAGGAUCAUCCUUGACUUCUUCAUAUCAUCAGCAACCAUGCCAUUCUAUAACCCAACAUUUCAAUCUUUUACCAAAAAACCACAAAACAAGCUUUCAUGCAGGCCUUUAGGAAUUUCAUAUGGAAGUAUAUAAAUAAUAUACUUUACUAAUAUUAUAAAAAUUGUUCAUUUUUUCUUCAUUUAUUAAAAAAAUGUUAAUAUUUUUAAGUCUUUUUCCCUAGUUGUCUUCUACUUGAUCAGCUCUUAUCCUUCAUUAUUUAUGAUUUCAAGGCUUAAAUUUUUUCAGGGUAUUAAACCAAUUAUUUUUCUUCAUAAUUUUUUCUGCAUAUUUUCAACAUUUUAAAAGGUAAUCAUAAUAAUGAGUUCAGAACUGAAUGGAGGGGACGAAGAGUCACUAAUUGAGCCUCUUAAUCACACUUCCAAUCAACAAUUAUCUCGUCUUACCAAUACAAGUUCUCAGCUUGCUCUUGUUGGUGUCAAUGUCUGCCCAAUUGAAAGCCUUGAUUAUGAAAUUAUUGAGAAUGAUUUUUUCAAGCAAGAUUGGAGAAGUAGAGGGAAAAUUCAGAUUUACCAAUACAUUAGUAUGAAGUGGGCAUUAUGUUUUCUUAUUGGUUUGAGUGUUAGUUUGGUUGGAUUCUUUAAUAAUCUUGCUGUUGAGAAUGUAGCUGGCCAGAAAUUUGUUAUCACAUCCAAUAUGAUGUUAUCUAAAAGGCACUUGUCAGCAUUUUUGAUCUUUACAGGUUUCAAUUUUGGACUAACACUUUUUGCAUCAUUAUUUACUGCACUUGUGUCUCCGGCAGCUGCUGGAUCUGGCAUACCAGAAGUUAAGGCUUAUUUGAAUGGUGUAGAUGCACCUGCCAUUUUUUCAUUAAGCACUUUGGUUGUUAAGAUAGUUGGCAGUAUAUCUGCCGUUUCUGCUUCCCUUCACAUCGGAAAAGCAGGCCCAAUGGUUCACACUGCUUCAUGUAUUGGUGCACUACUGGGUCAAGGUGGAUCGACAAAAUAUGGGUUGACUUGGAAAUGGCUACAUUAUUUCAAAAAUGACCGAGAUAGGAGAGAUCUAGUCACUUGUGCAACUGCUGCUGGUAUUGCUGCGGCUUUUCGAGCUCCAGUUGGUGGUGUGUUGUUUGCUUUAGAAGAAAUGGCUACUUGGUGGAGAAGUGCGCUAGUGUGGAGAGCAUUCUUUUGUACAGCAGUCGUUGCUAUCAUGCUCCGCGGUUUCAUGGAUCUAUGUUACAGCGGAAAGUGUGGACUCUUUGGCACAGGUGGUUUGAUAAUGUAUAAUGUCACAAAAGAGAACUUUGCAUAUCACCUCAGUGAUGUGCCUGCUGUGCUGCUGGUUGGACUAAUCGGGGGCUUUUUGGGUGCCUUGUACAAUUUUAUUCUCGAGAAGGUUCUCCGACUUUAUAGUUUAAUAAACGGGAAAGGUCUUGUUUAUCAAAUAGUUCUAGCUUGUUCAAUCUCUAUAUUCACCUCCUGCCUUUUGUUUGGGCUUCCGUGGUUUGCACCUUGCCAACCUUGUCCGAGGGAUGCAGCCGAGGCUUGUCCUACUAUAGGCCGUUCUGGUAACUACAAGAAGUUCCAGUGUGCCCCAGGACACUACAAUGAUCUUGCCAGUUUGAUUUUCAACACAAAUGAUGAUGCGAUACGAAACCUCUUUAGUCUCAACACAGAUUCUGAAUUUUAUGGUAUAUCCAUGCUUAUAUUUUUUGUAACAUGUUUUUUCCUAAGCAUUUUUAGCUAUGCAAUUGUCGUUCCUUCUGGUCUCUUUGUACCUGUUAUUGUGACGGGUGCAUCCUAUGGACGUUACAUUGGGAUGCUAAUUGGUUCAAAUACGAGUCUGAACAAUGGUCUCUUUGCUGUGCUCGGUGCUGCUUCUUUUCUUGGUGGGUCCAUGAGAAUGACAGUCUCGUUGUGUGUUAUUCUCCUCGAACUCACUAAUAACCUGUUACUACUGCCACUGGUGAUGUUAGUUCUACUUGUAUCCAAAACAGUGGCGGAUGGCUUCAACGCCAAUAUAUAUGACAUCAUGAUGAAGCUGAAGGGAUUCCCUUACCUAGAAUCCCAUAAUGAGCCAUUCAUGAGUCAAUUAACUGUAGCUGACGUAGUUACUGGCCCACUCGAGUAUCUCCAUGGGAUCGAAAAGGUUGGAAAUAUAGUCAAUAUUCUCAGAAGGUCAGGUCACAAUGGUUUUCCUGUGAUUGAUGUCCCGACACAAUCUGGCAUGCCUAAAUUGUUUGGCUUAAUCCUUCGAAGCCAUCUUAUCGUGUUGUUGAAGAAGAAAGCCUUCUCGCUCACACCCGUGUCAGCUGGUGCUGAUGUAUUUAAGCAGUUUUCUUCUGUGGACUUUGCCAAGGGUGGAUUUGACACUAUUGAUGACAUUGAAGAUAUACAAUUUAAAGAUGAAGAAAUGAAGAUGUUUGUUGAUCUUCACCCAUUCACGAAUGCAUCACCGUAUACUGUUGUGGAGACGAUGUCUUUAGCAAAGGCUCAUGUACUUUUCCGAGAAGUUGGUCUCAGGCACAUGUUAGUCACCCCGAUAACUACUGAUAGACCGGCUGUUGUGGGGAUGUUGACGAGACACGAUUUCAUGCCUGAACACAUAUUGAGUUUAAAUCCUUCACUGGUGACUAGAAGAUGGAAAAGGUUAAGAUUCCAGUUUACUCCCUUUGCAAACAUGUAGUCAUCUCCAAACAUAUUGGAGCUUCUUUUGGUGUUGACUCAAGAUAUAUAGUUCAUGUGGUUGAAGCCUUGAAGGAAAUCAAAUCUGGAUGGGAAACAUGAUACUCCAUGCAGCAUAGAUGUGUAGCUGAUAGAUAGGAUAAAAACAACAUGUGAAAUCAAGUAUAGAAAUUUUUCAGGUACUUCUGGAAAUUUUUUGCAAAAAGAAAAAACUGUUCUUGAUGUGUAUUCUUUGAUUGAAUAUUAUUUUAUUAUAGGGUAGACUUAGAGAAGAAGACUAUGUGAGAAUUGAACUUAGAACCUUUCCUACAAAUUGGUAUUUGCUCUUUAAAUGAGACAUAAUCCAAUGUUUUUGACC